GGGCGGGAGCGGCGAGCGGCGAGGCGCAGCCGCCCGGGCCGCAGCGGGGAUGCGCCGCGGAUCCCGGCGAGGAGCCACCCCACCCCGUUCCCCUAUGACAAACCCAAUGUGGAUAAGGAGAUGUUAAACAGGAUUUGGGUAAAGAGAAGUUUCGGUGAACAUCUUACUGGAAUGGUUCCAAUCUUGUGAAUCGCCACUCUUCCUGUUUCACCUCUGCCUUCACUGUCUCUCUCCUGUGUGUGGUCAACCUGCUUCUGCAGUGGGACCGCAGGUGCAGUUCAGCUGAGAUUGAAUUCCUCUUUGGCUGUCCAUAAACUGUGAAACAGAAGGAUGCAGAAGACUAUCCCUUGCCUUUCUGUACAUGAGUGACAAGAGCACAAGAUCAUUACUACAAGUUUGCUGCAAAGAUGAGUUCAGAGGAGAAGAGCAUAUCUCCAGCUCACAAAACAUCCACUCCAUCACAUAGAAGUGCCUCCUCUUCAUCAUCGUCUCAGAGAGACAGGAGGCAGAGUGUUCAUAUUUUGGAGCGGAAGGCUUCUUCAGGAAGCACAGACCCUUCUUUAAGCAAGCAGUUCCUUGAAAGUGACCCUGUCUCUCUAUCCAAGGAACCUGACAGCUGGGAAAUCAUAGAGGGUCUGAAAAUAGGCCAGACCAAUGUCCAAAAGCCAGACAAACAUGAAGGUUUCAUGCUGAAAAAGAGAAAAUGGCCUUUAAAAGGUUGGCACAAGAGGUUUUUUGUCCUGGAUAAUGGAAUGUUGAAAUAUUCAAAGUCACCAAUUGAUAUACAGAAAGGCAAAGUCCAUGGGAGCAUUGAUGUUGGUUUAUCAGUUAUGUCUAUAAAAAAGAAGGCUCGUAGAAUAGAUCUUGACACAGAAGAACACAUCUAUCAUCUGAAGGUGAAGUCCCAGGAUUCAUUUGAUGCAUGGGUUUCAAAAUUACGCCAUCACCGGUUGUACCGUCAGAAUGAGAUUGUGAGAUCUCCAAGAGAUGCUAGCUUUCAUAUAUUCCCUUCAGCCUCUACUACAGAAUCUUCACCAGCUGCUAAUGUGUCAGAUGGAAAGGUGCAACAAAAUAGCUUCCCCUGGCAGUCUCCUAUACCUUGCAGUAACAGCCUUCCUGCCACCUGCACUACUGGUCAGAGUAAAGUAGCAGCCUGGUUGCAGGACUCUGAAGAGAUGGACAGAUGUGCAGAAGAUCUUGCUCAUUGUCAGUCAAACCUUGUGGAACUCAGUAAACUUCUUCAAAAUUUAGAAAUACUACAGAGAACUCAGUCAGCACCAAAUUUCACAGACAUGCAGGCUAACUGUGUAGAUAUUUCAAAGAAAGACAAGCGGGUCACAAGACGAUGGAGAACAAAAAGUGUCAGCAAAGAUGCAAAAAUUCAACUUCAGGAAGGGCCGGCACCGAAGGGCCAGUUCAGCACAACACGACGCCGGCAGAGACUGGCAGCUGCAGUGGCUACAACAGUCCCUUUCAGUGCUACAAUGUCACCCGUUCGACUGCAUUCAUCUAAUCCCAACCUUUGCGCAGACAUUGAGUUUCAGACUCCCCCAAGCCAUGUAACGGACCCUCUGGAGUGCUCUACUGAGUACAUGAAGCUUCAAGAAGAAUUCUGCCUGAUGGCACAAAAAGUACAUUCUCUUUUGAAGUCUGCCUUUAACAGCAUAGCUAUAGAGAAGGAGAAGCUUAAGCAGAUUGUUUCAGAGCAGGAUCUUACAGGCCACAAUGCUCAAAUAGCACACCUCAGACAGUCCCUCUCACAGGCUCUCAACCAGAAUGCUGAACUAAGGAGUCGCUUGAACAGAAUACAUUCAGAAUCUGUUAUUUGUGAUCAGGUUGUCAGUGUAAAUAUUAUCCCUAGUCCUGAUGAGACGGGUGAACAAAUUCAUGUCAGUUUGCCACUCUCUCAGCAAGUUUCUAAUGAGAGCAGGCUCUCUAUGUCUGAAUCCGUUUCAGAGUUCUUUGAUGCACAGGAAGUGCUUCUAUCUGCCAGCUCGUCAGAAAACGAGGCUUCUGAUGAUGAAUCUUAUAUCAGUGAUGUGAGUGAUAAUAUAUCUGAGGACAACACCAGUGUUGCAGACAACAUUUCUCGGCAAAUUCUUAAUGGUGAGCUAACAGGAGGUGCAUUCAGGAAUGGACGGAGAACUUGUCUCCCAGCUCCCAGCCCUGACACCAGUAACAUCAAUCUGUGGAAUAUUUUGAGAAAUAACAUUGGCAAAGAUCUUUCCAAAGUAUCCAUGCCAGUUGAGCUAAAUGAACCUCUGAAUACCUUACAACAUCUUUGUGAAGAGCUGGAAUACAGUGAACUCUUGGACAAGGCUGCUGAAACAGAUGAUCCUUAUGAACGCAUGGUUCUCAUAGCUGCUUUUGCAGCAUCAGGCUAUGCCUCUACAUACUUUAGAGCAGGAAGCAAGCCAUUUAACCCAGUGCUUGGUGAAACUUAUGAAUGUAUUAGAGAAGACAAAGGAUUUCGAUUUUUCUCAGAGCAGGUUAGCCACCAUCCUCCCAUUUCGGCCUGUCACUGUGAAUCGAAGAACUUUGUGUUUUGGCAAGAUAUCAGGUGGAAAAACAAAUUCUGGGGGAAAUCAAUGGAAAUUCUGCCAGUUGGAACCCUGAAUGUGACUCUUCCAAAGUAUGGAGACUACUAUGUCUGGAACAAAGUCACUACUUGCAUACAUAAUAUUCUUAGUGGAAGGAGGUGGAUAGAACACUAUGGAGAGAUAACUAUCAGAAACACAAAAAGCAGUGUUUGUAUUUGUAAACUCACAUUUGUCAAGGUGAACUACUGGAAUUCAAAUGUAAAUGAGGUGCAGGGAGUUGUGAUAGAUCAAGAAGGGAAGGUGGUUCAUCGCCUUUUUGGAAAGUGGCAUGAAGGCCUUUAUUGUGGGGUUGCACCUUCAGCCAAAUGCAUAUGGAGGCCAGGCUCCAUGCCAACCAAUUAUGAACGUUAUUAUGGCUUCACGAGGUUUGCUAUUGAGCUCAAUGAAUUAGAUCCUUUACUGAAAGAUCUUCUUCCUACAACAGAUGCACGAUUCAGGCCAGAUCAAAGGCUUCUGGAGGAAGGAAAUGUAGAAGCGGCAGCAUCUGAGAAACAAAGAAUAGAGGAACUCCAGAGAGGUCGGAGGCGGUACAUGGAAGAAAACAGCAUUGAAUAUGUACCCAAAUUUUUUAAAAAAGUUAUCGACGCUAAUCAAAGGGAAGCCUGGGUUACCAAUGACACCUACUGGGAACUGCGAAAGGAUCCUGGCUUUAGUAAAGUAGAAAUUCCUGUACUCUGGUAAACUGAGAAUGUAGAUCUAGUAAACAUAUCACUCUGAAGAAAAAAAUAACUAUGCACAAUAUGUUUCUUAUAGCUAAGCGUGGUUUGUGGGUCUACGGAAAAACCUAUCAUUCGCAUUUAUUUUCAUCUUUAUAACGGACUUUUGAAAGUGCAUUAGACCAGGCCUCUGACCACUUCUGGAUCUUUUUAAUUUUGCAGCAGCCAUUAAAAAAAAAAAAAAAAAAGAAAAAAAAAAGAAACAGAAACCUUUUAAAGUUUCAUAUGCUGAAAAUCCAGAACAAAAGAAGCAGAUGAGUUAUCCAAAGUCACUCGGAAGAGAUGGUAAAUGUAAAACUGCAACCGGUGCUUUAAACAGACAUUAAGAGUAAUAUAAUUUAAAUUACAAAACAAAACAAAACAAAACAAACCCCCACAAAACAAAAGAGGAAGAAAAAGAGAAAAAAUCCAUUUUGUUUCAACUAUUUUUGUUAAAAACUCUUGGGUCACAACACUGUCAUUUCUGGCUUCAGGUUAGUCCUUUGGUGUGAUGUGCUUGGACUGGCCUUUGUCAAAAAGAUACGCUUUUCCGGAAGCUGUUCCCAUUCAUAUGCCAUUGUUCAUGCCUUAAACAAAAUAAGAAGAUGUACAGUAAGUAAUUUUAAAAUAUGUAUGCUUAGGCUUGUGUGAAGGGCAGAUUUUUAAAGCACUAGAAUUUUAUCAUGAUAUAAAUGUUGGAGAACCUGCAUUAUUUAAAAUCAAAAGACAACCAAACAUCUAACUGUAUUUCAGAGGAAUGAGAUCUACUGUACAUGCUUUAGCUUUGGGAAGCUGACUGUAUAUUCAGACUAAAAAGAAACUGCUAACUGAUUGAAUUUGAGACAAUUUUGGUAAAUGCAUAUGAAUUGAUUGUCAGAAAGUUCAUACUCUAAAUGACUGAUGCUGAGAUGCGAUCAUCACUUUUACCACUGGCUAGACAUGGUCUCACAGUGAAUCUCAUUUCCCCGUAACUGUUCAUACAGUUAGAAUUCCCUGAAGCUUUGCAACAGCGUUAAAAGCACAGAAAGAUUUCAUGGGAAGCUCUCUGGCUUCUCUCCAGAAGCUGGACAGUACUGUAAAUACAACUAUUUUCUGCCACACACACUGUUUACUUUACUGGCUCUGUUUUUUCCCCAUCCGCUUUUCCUAUCUAAAUUUAUAUUUGAGAGUAUGGCAGAGGCUCCCAUGCGUUGUAGCUGACAACUACUACUUGUGUUGCCAAAAUAGCUUUUGUGCAAAAUUAUAUUUUACAGUUUUUCAUAAAGUGAUUCUAUAUUUUUUGAUUAAGAACCAAGUCUCUUAUGUGUUGCUAAGCCUCAGUUAAUAUAUGUGGGAGAAGGCUUGGCACUUUCUAUUUUUCAGAGAUUUGAAAAUCUCUGAAACGUUAAACAGUAGGAGGGCAGAUUUUAAUAAAAGGAAAAAAAGUAAUUUUAUUAGGUAAAAACUGCAUUCCAUAUGGUAUGAUCUAGUCUUCCAUUUAUGCGUGUAUUAUACAUCCAGGCACUGAUGAUAGGUUAGGUGUCAUGCAUAUGCACUGUAUCUCUUUGUACAUGUACACAGUGUACAUAGUGCACUUGAAUUUUUCUAUUUAAGAUUGAUUCUAGUACUGAGACCUAAAAAAAAUUAUUAGAUAGGUAUGUGAUCCUGCCAGCAGAGCUGCUUGAACAGUUCUCAGUAGAUUAUGCUUCUUGUUUUUGCAGAGUCAGGUCCCUACAGAACUGAGAUGACUUUGAUUAUUUAAUAUGCAUUUAGUUCUCCUCCUUGUUAGUAUGGCAAAGCAACUGGCAGAGCAACUAGCUACUAAUAAAUUCCAAUUUCUUCACACAGUUCUAUUAUCAGGAAGAACUAUGAAAACCUAAAGAAAAUAUUAAGUAGACUUUAUAAGAAUUGUGAAUGCUCAUGAAUUGCUUAUGAAUAUUUGGUGUAAAAAAACCUGUGUGCAGAUUAACAGGAUUUCUUCCAAAGAGAAUUUAGAAUUAUUCAAAGAACGAUAUCUUUUUCUUUCCUAGUUGAACCUAGUCUGAUUUAUUUAUUUAAUUUUUUUUUAGUUCUGCAAUUGUUAUUAUAAAAAAAUGGAAAUAUAUAAAAAGUUUGGGGUUUUUUAAUCAUAUUUGGUUAACUUCAUCCUACUUGCUUUAAUGACACUACACUAUUAAUCAAAUUGGCACAUUGUGUGCAAAAUAGCAAUUAAUUAUUCUGUGUCACUUUCCUUAAAAACGUCAUUAAACAUUUGCCCACAUCAUGCUCCAGUCUUUGUGUGCAGUUCACCGUGAUAUUAGAAAGCAUUAUCUGUGUAUGACUGCAAGUACAUUUGAGGGAUAGAAACUGCAUGUCCUCAAAUUUUUUUAAAAGUUGGUUUUUAAUUUAAAUACAGAAAUAAGGUCUUUAGUUUUACAGUGUUCUGCUAGUGUUUUUUGAACGCCAUUAUUUGCAAUGCAAACUGAAACUUGGUGUACACUAAAGAUGCUGCCACUGAUUUAAUUAUUUUUUACAAUUGUUUAUUUGACACUCAUUGAAAGAAAAAUAACAUUAACAUUUUUAGAAUUAAAAAAAAAUCUGUGAUAUGCUAAAUCUUUCUAUUGAAGGCACUUUUUAAGCCUACUGAAUGUUAAAUUAGUUAAUUAGUAAGUAGAGGAGACACAAAACAAUGCAUCACAAAAUAUUUGCAGUCUUUAUCAGAAAUUGAAAAGUGCUAGCAGAUGUACCUUAAAGCAAUUUCUUGUAGUGCAGAAUUCUAUGGAUUCUGUGCAAAAUCUUUUAUUAAAUUUUUCCUGUAACCUUGGGGGACAUCAUGACAUAUUUUGUGCUGUUUCUAAAGAGAAUGGGUUAACAGAAGAUAGGUCUGGGGGCUUCUAUCCAAAUUAUAAUUUUUUAGACAACCCAUGAAAUUUCACCAGAGCUGAGUUGCGGGGGAUAGUGGGCUUUCCACAUCCCCUGCCAGUGUACUGCAGGAUGGGGUUUCCCAUGUUACAGGGAGAACGCACUGUUGGCUCCUUUGCAGCCUGGCACCCAUUGUAAGUGCCUGCUGCUUUUCAGCAGGGCUGCUGCUCGGUUGUCCCUUCCCAGAAUGUGGGAUUUUUCCGCCCCAGGUGCAGACCUUCGCACUUCUAUUGAACCGCAUGAAGUGUCUUCUGGCCCAGUCCUCAAGCCGAGCAAUGUCCUUCUGACUGAAGCUCUGCCAUUUGUCGUGCCGUCUCAUCCUCCUAAUUUAAUGUCAACUGCGAACUUGUUAGCAUGUAGUCGAUGUCCUUGCCCAGGUCACUGGUGAGAUGUUGAUUGACACGGGCCACAAAAUUGACACCUGCAGGGCUGUCCUCGUCGCUGGCUGCCAGUGGGGCAUAAGCCAUUUAUCAAUGCCCUUCAAGGCUGGAGAUUUGGGCAGUUUUCAGCUCACCUCACUCCAUUCAUCCAGGCAGUAUUUACUUUUGAAAGGCAUGAAAAAUACUUAUCAGCAGAGUAGAUUUAAUUGCUGUAGGUUUGGUAUGUGAUGAAAAUUAGUACAACUCAUUUGACAUUUAAAACCUGUUAGACAAUUUAAGAAGUUCUAACUUUUACUACAAAGAUGUAUCCUUUGCUUUUUCCUGUGUUUUCUCAAAACACCUAUUUCUGUAUAAAAUACACAACCCAUAUGCUUUAGUUUCACAAUAAUGAACUGUACUUUCAAUUAAUAUUUCAAAAGUGUACCUUAAUUUGUUCCCUGUUCUGGUACUGCAGAUAUGAUAGGUUAAUAAUAGCCAUUUUCAUCAAAUGUAAUGUCUUAUAAAGACUUAAAUAGCUUCAUUCCUAUUUUAGAUCUGUAUUAACAAGCUGGUAGAUUUUUCGGCAUAUUAGAAAUUGUUAUCUCACUGGGAGAUACAAUUUUAAUAUGAGUUGAUUUUUGUACAGUAUCACUGUGAUUAAAAAGUCAUCUGGACAUCCAUUCUUAUUUUAGACACAUGUAAGUUGCAUGAAAUAAACUUUUUUUGUAUUUGGCUUUAAAAGUGAACUCUUUUCAUCUUACAAAUAAUGUUACCCUUUAUUUUUUUCUCAUUUUGAACUUCUGACUCUGAAUGAGCUUGUAAGGCAUUUGCGGGUUUUAUUUGAAUAGCACAUGCUAGGCAUAUGUCGAGUAUUGCAGUACGUAUACAUGACACAGUUUUGAAAGAUAUUGCCCUUAAUUUCCCUACUGAACACUGUUAGAGCUUUAUGGAAACAAAUGACACAAACCUUAAGGCACAAUAGGAGCCAGUGCUGGUCCUGCCCUCAUGGGCACCUAGUGAGGACCUUGCAUCUGGGCCAUGCCCUCUGAUUCCCAUGGAGGUAACAUGGGAUUUUCUCACCCUUGAACCAGGCAAAGUGGAGCCCAGUGCAAUGCAGUCUUGCUCAUAGAGUUUCUCUCAAAAAAUCUGAAUUUUUAGAAAUACCCUGGAAGGGAGGGGAGGUUCAUUUGCACUUGCACAAUAACCAAGAGGGCUGAAUAUGCCAAUUCUCUGUGAGUUUUGCAAAACUUGCUUUCACUAGCAAAGCUCUGUUAGUAUAGGGAAGGUUUGUGUGGUCUCCUUGUUUUAUAGGAUUUUGAAUAUUGUCUGGUGCAGAGAUAAACACUAGCUCUUUAACAUGCCGUUGGCUGCAGUCGUAAUCUGAGGAAUAGCUCUUAUUUUAGGUGUCAUUACUAAUACUGGAGCUGUAUAAUGAAAGUAAAGGAGAGUUUUCAGAUUAAAUCCACCUGAAAGGAAAGAGUAUUUGUAUUCAUAUGCUAAAAUGACAGGAGGGGUUAAGUUAGAGAGUUUGGUCCAGCGGGGGGAAAAAGAUCAAUGACAGAUGUCAUGUUUAAGAAACACUGGAAUGGCCUCACCGGUCACCCUGUGUUAUACACAGACCUGGGAGAAAACUUAACAAAGUUUACUGUGUCAUAACCACUUACUCUAGCAGCUACUGGGGCUGAAAAUACUAUCUUGGGUUUUCUUCCUGUCUGUCAUUAAGUAACAGUCAUCAAAAUUGUAUAAAACUUGAACUUCCUGUUUAGAACAUAUAUUGAUAAAAGUCACAGUAGGUAGGGAUACGGCGGCAACUAAGUAUUUCGUUCAUGUGCUCAAAGUUGCAAAGGUAUAUUUAGUAUAAAAAGUAGUAUAAUUUUCUACUUUACCAUCCCUGGUUACUUUUGUUAUAAUUCUGGUAUCACUCAGAAGUAGUUUCAUGGAGAAAGGUCUUUUGGUUUUUUAUUCUUUUUGUUUUUAACAGAAGAAUCUGGACUAAGUGUGUUAAUAAAGUUUAAUUAUUCCUGGGGAGGAUAGCUUCCUGAGCUCCAUUAGAACAGUGAAUGGCACCUGCAAGAAUGUUGUAAAUCUCAGUAAGCUCACAGAAAUGGCUUAUUUACAGCAACUUAUUUUAUUUUUGUAUUAUAUAUUGUAAGGAACCUACUUACAAAAGCAAAUACAUUAUUUGCUCUUUAAACUAGGGAAUGUAAAACACCUUCAUUCAUUAGCUUUAGUGUAAGCUAUGUCUUUCUUCCACUAAACUGAAAAGCCUCUUUACGAAAUGAUUUUUGUAUGGUAUCUUGAAGGUUUAAAAAGUGAUAGUGAUGUACUUGUAGGUGUUUUAUAUACCUCUCUCCUCCUUUGUCAAGUAUUGUGGUAUUACAAACCCAUCAUAUCUUUAAUUUUUUUUUUCCCUGCCUUGCGAUCUUUGACAAACCUCAGAAAAGAAAAGGGAGGGAGAGACUGCAAUGGAGAACACUGAAACUAGUCACAGCAGCUCUGUCAGUGGCACAACUGUAACAAAAUAGAAAGUUUUCUAACUUUUAUGAAUUAAAAUGUCAGCAGAGCUGCUGAAUCCAUUUCAGGCAGGUUACCUUAAUACUAUUUUUCUUUCCACUGAUCCAUGACAGCAUGAAAAAAGGGAAGAUUGACGACAUCUGCUCAGAAUUAAUUCUGAAGGUGAAGGGAAGUUUUUAUUCCUUUUAUAAACAAAAGUGACUGUAGCCAGCAUUUGGCUGAAGGUGUAUUGGUAAUGUGGACAAAGAGAGUUACAUAUUUUAUAAGUAAGGAAACAAUAAAGUUGGAAUAUAUAAUCAGCAGUGUGUAAUAUAUUCUGCCGUGACCUAUGAAUAAUUCACUGAAGCAUGGUAAAGCUACUUCUUCGUACUCCUGGAGCAAUGACAGAUGUUGUCUCCUAUGAAACACUAGAACAUGUUUCCAUAUUGACUGCUACUUUUACUGGUCUGCAUUAAUGAAAGAGGGAUAUCUUAUGCUAAUGUAUAGUGUUGCUGGCCCAGAACAUUAGGGAUGCAAAAAUGGAAGAGGUGAGGAGAUUCCUUCAAAAAGUCAGAAGUGGGUAACUUAUCUUUUACACCCUGAACAUCAAAAUGAUGUAAGUGCUAUACAAGAGCAGCACACGCAGUGAUAAUAUUCAACCAGAACUGUUCAUCUUCACUGAGGUACUCGCUUCUUGUGCCAGUCAGUGUAGCCACACAUGCAACGUCUUUUUUCUGAAGUUGCAUUACUAUUUAUGAUUGCACUUGCGGCCCAGCGGUUGAUUUGUCAGGUCCACCGAGGACAAUCGGUGUAAGAGUCAGGAUUGCAAACUCAUAUUUCUUUUCUAGUAGUCCUGUGCUGAAUGCUCCCUCUCUUCCUUUGUUAAAUUCACCUAAACAAGGAAUAUUACAGUAACAUUAACAAAAUGAAUAUAAGUUUAAUCCUCAGUAUUUUCCAGCCAAAGGAAAAUUCAGGAUAGCUUAUUCAACUGUGUUGAAGAAAUACAGACGAGAUCUUAAAUUAUCUUUGUAUUUGCUUAAUAUUUUAUAACAUAUUUUGAGAUUGGAUCACCAACAAAAAAAUUAUACAUAAAUAUAUUAAACUUGCUUUGUCACCUAUCUUGAAGUCAACAUUGAAAAUUAUCAUUCUAAUCUGAGGUUAGAAAUCAGGUCUAUUUAGUUCUUGAAGUAAGUGUUAUUUAUUGGAGAGGACUUUGCUGCUCCAGACCUCCCAGCAGGUUAAUGCAGAGGAAAAAACACUUGCUGUAAGCUUUAGCAUGAUUUGUUAAUGAUACUAAAGUAUUCUUUCGUGGUUGAAAUAUAGUGUAGAAAAUUCAGAUCACAAUAAAUUAUAUUUUCAGCUGAGUCUCAAACAAGACCUGACUAUGAGCUGAGAAAUAAAGGCUGAUGAGUGUAUUCUGGUAUGUAGGCAUAAAAGCAAAGAUGGCGACUUCUACCUUAGUUAGGCUUUCGCUCUACUUAACAAAAGCACUGUUCUUGUUCCUUUAUAAUUAUUUCUAAACUAAUUAUUUUCAAACAUUCAUUCCUCACUAAGAAUUAAUUACAUGUGAAGUUUCAGUUUUAAAAAUUAAACAGUGUUUGGAACUCCACAGACAUGAAGGGUGGUGCUUCUGUCAUGCACCUAGUGCUCAGACCUUGCUAAAUCUCCAGCUUUCAGAGCAGGGUGGACCUAUAAUGCUUACUCACUAAAAUUUAAUCCUUGGACCAAAAAGAAAUGUCAGUGGGCUUUUCUGGAUGGAUGGGGUUCUACUUUGUAUAUUGAUUUUUGUCUAUGUUAUUUACUAUAAAAUAAGUAAGAAAUCAAGCUGCUAGCAUCUGAUGUCUGAAAUCUUUUCCUUCACCAAAAUGCAUAGCAAACUUCUUGUUCUUUAUCUAUUACUGCUAGAUUGUCUGAAGUGGAUACUUCAGCAUGUAAAAAGCCAUCACAAAAUUAAACUACUGUGGUAUGCAGAGAGAUCAUUAUGAUAGUUCUGUAUUAGGAUAUUAGGUAUAUUUUCUUUGUUGUAACCAUUAGCAAGACUCUUCUUUGGGUCUUUUUCUGCUUUUCUUUGUAUAAUUAACUGUUUGGUGAAUUAUGAUUUCUCAGUAUUUCAACAGCAAAGAAUUCUGUAUUUUCUCUCAUUUUUUGCACAAAGUUAAUAUGAAUUGACAAUAAUGUCACACUUUUUUGGUGAAAUUAGAUCCCAUACGCACAUGUAUGAAAUGUAGUAAAUUUUAGUAUUUAUACCUUGCUCAGACUCUGAGAAUGCCAUUAGAAGAGUAAGGUCUAGAUUAGUUGUUAAUUUUACAUUGCCUUACUGAGCUUCUUUGCUUUUAACAGCCUUUAAUUUCAGAUGGGAAACAGUCCUGCACCAGUUCUUUAGCAGGCCAAAAUGUCAAAACCUAAAUAGCUAAAAGAGCAUUCUUUACUGAUUGCCCAUAUCCCUGUGCUCAUUCUACAAAAAAUCUCAAAUCUGUUGAUUUCUUACAUACCUCUUUGUGUAGCAUACUUGUAAAAGUAGGUUCUCAGAGUCUUUCCACUGUGAUUAUGCUAUUAUGUCAGCUAGAAAGGUAUACAGAAACUCGCUUUGCGUAUUUUAAGAUGAAUUUUAAAGUCAAAUAGUUGCUUUCUAGAUGCCUGGCAUAUAAAGCCAGUGCUGCUUUUGAGUACUGGGUAGACGGUGUCUGUUUUACAGGAAAAUAACAGACUGCAACUAGAAAGAUUCUGUGUUCCUAGAUGCAGGAGGCAAAAUUUUUUCUGUUGUUUGAAAGCAAUAGAAAACUGUUACUUAAGGGAAGGAAAGAAAAUACGAAGCAUUUAUGUACCCAGCUACCCAAAUGUUGCAGAAGGCAUUAUUUUUGAGCACUGCAAUAUUAAACCUGACCUGCAGCACCCGUAAUUUUAUGCUCAGAAGUUCACUGUGGACUUCCGUAAAGAAAUGAAGAAGAAAAGGAUACUGGAAAAAAAAGUCAGUACCAUAAUUUCUAAAUAACUCAAUAGAAAAUUGAUUUGCAAAUAUUUGUUUUGAAAACCGUAUAAGCUACUUAAAGUAUCACAAUUUUUAAAAGCCCAAGUUUAGUCAUAGUACAUUCAGUAAUUUAACAUUUAAAAAAGUAAUAUUGAUUGAUCUUGAUUGCUUUCCUGCAAAUGCAUUUAUUUGUGCUUGACUGUUCACAAGUUUGGUAUAUCUUUCAGGCUGAUUCUUCUUUACAUCUUAUUAAUUCUGACUCCAAAUACUGGCUCUAAUUGUGCCUGUAAAAACAAUUCUAUUGCUUACUGUUACUAAACAUCAACAGCUGAGGAAUAACAUAGCUAGGAUAUAAUUUGUAUAUUCCAAAUCUAUAGACUUUUAUUUCACAUGCAAGAGUUAAUCAGCAAUGCACGUCAGAUUUGUUUUCUGUUUCAUCUGCUUGGACUCUGAUCUCGCACAGGCAUCAGUACGUACUUAGCAUAAACAUUGCAAACAGUCUGAUUGGAUUAAGUUUAAAAGAUGUAGAUACUAAAGUUCAAAUAAAAAGGCUCAACAGCGACAUUCCUAAGAAAUCAAAACAAUGUACCUGGUUACACCAGGCUUUAUAGUACUUGAUUUUUAAUUCCUAUAUGCUUAAACAAAUGAGCACCUACGCAGAUGAGGCUGAGCUGCUGUUGGUACUCCAUUGAACUCAGUGAGCUUCCAGGUGAGUGGAUGAUCUAGCUGCCCAAAUCUAUUUCAGCUGUAGGCCUAGCAUACAGUGAAGCCUAGGUAUUCAACUAGGUACACUUAAGCUUGAUUUUGAAUACGUGCACUGUCUUGUGGAAGAUAAAUGUGUGAAAUACAGCUGGUUUGGCUGCUUGCCAGUCAGAGCAAUAUAUUUGACUUUGCUUUGACUCUCUUGUAUUUUGGGACCUUAUUCUGGGGCUUGUAGUAUUUAAAAACCAGUUAACUUCAUGUCUCUGCAAAGCUCAAUUAUGUAUGACGGAAGAAAGAACAGGAGAUUAAAUCAAUGACAAUUCGUCAUAUUAUGUCUCACUCUGGCAAGCUUAAUUGUAAGAAUAUUUGCAAUUCCUACCCCUGUUUCCCUGUACUUUCCCCAGGAUGGUGCCAGCCCAGAGUGAGGGUUGCUAGUACUGUAUGCCAAUCAAAAAAGGAGACUAAUCUUUCUGAUUUGCAAAGAAGGGGGUGGCUAACUAAGAGCAUGCUCCUAAUCUCAGCCUAGAAAAGCAUGAAUGUGAGAAAGUGCGUCCCGUCACUCCUUCUAGGCUUUAGCACAUAAAUAGAAUUGCUUUUUUUGGUAUAUCAAGUUCUCUGGCUACUUCAGAGAUUGAACCUAGCCAGGAAGGAGCAGUAAAAAAACAGUUUUAAGUUCCCACAUAAUGCAGCUGCAACACUUAUUCUGUGUCUUUGCACUUGUGAGUUGGUUUUGAACAUACUGUUGUAGUAAUCCAGAAUGCAGAGGCCUCACACUGACUACCUCUCAUGCAAUAAAAACCAAGCUCAUACAGUAGUUAAUGUUGAUUGCAGUUGAGUGUCUUUUGGCCACAUGAUUCAGGGAGGUGGUAGUGGGGGGAAUAGUAAACAAAAGAAAUUAAUUUAAUGAAGACUUUAUUCCAGUGAUGUAUGUGGUAUACACAAUACCCAUAAUACCAACUCCAACUGAGGGAGGUCCUACAGCUUCUGGUAGGAAAUAAAGGUGACCUUGGCUAUGCUAUAGUUUAUGUUGUACUCUAAAAUGUAACAAAAGAUGGCAUCUGUUUCCUUCAGGCUGAGCUGGAUUUAUCGGGAUAUCAUGUCCAAAAAACACAGACACACUAUUCUAGUUUUUGAGGAAACGUGAUGCUCUUUUACCUGUUGCAAUGUAAUUGGAUAAUGCAUGUACAAAUGACUUGUUUAGCCUGCCAAUGAAUGUUGCUAAUGCCUUACCAAAAAAAAAAAAGCAUAUUUUUUGUAUUUUUUUCCUCAGAGGCAAAUCCAAACAAUGCUAGAUUUGGGAAACUGUUUACUGAAAAGCAUUUUCUAAUAGAUCUCUGAUGAAGUGCAAUUGUAUAAUUAUUAUUGUUCAGUGCAUACAGUACAUUGUCUCCAUCACUCUGUACACUGCUGCUAUUAGUGCUUGUUCUAAUAAAUCUCAAUGUACACUGUUUAAACUGCUA